CGGAGGCACAGGGUUUACCUCUUCCUCCCUCCCAUCCUUUCCAUUCCCACCAACCGUUGCUCGAUAUUGCUGUUGUUGUUUCGAAAGAGAGUCCACUUCCAGCAGAUGGAGAGUAUGAAUCACUACAAUAGCGUAGACAUUGACUUUGUUCUCAGCUGUCAAGAUUUGAACUAUUCAGAUCCUUCUCCACAUUUCAGAUGUGAUCCCUACAUUGAAAUAAUUGAACAGCCAAAACAGCGAGGUUUCCGCUUUCGUUAUGGAUGUGAAGGACCAUCCCAUGGUGGCUUGCCAGGAGUCUCAAGUGAAAAGAACAAGAAAACAUAUCCAACAGUGAAGAUACACAAUUACACUGGACCUGCCAAAAUUGUUGUACAGUUAGUGACCAUUGAUGAGCCUCCACUUCUGCAUGUACACAGCCUAGUGGGACGACAAUGUGAAAAUGGAAACUGUGUAAUUCAAAUGGAUUCUGACGACAUGACUGCUAGCUUUCCCAACCUUGGAAUCCUUCAUGUCCCUAAGAAGGAUGUAGUAGCAAUUAUAGAACAACAGCUGAUUAAGUCUUGGACUUCUGAUGCCCAAAAUGGGAAUGCUUCACUUCCUAAUGGAAAUAGUGAAAAUGAAAUGGAAUUGCAACAAAAACAACUAAAGAAAGAAGACAGGGAAAGAAUCCAUCAGCAAGCCCAGAAGCAGACCAAGUAUAUGGAUCUCAGUGUCGUUCGUCUGAUGUUUACUCCAUACCUACCAGGAAGUGAUGGCAAAUUUACACGUAGACUUAGCUCAGUUAUGUCAGAUCCCAUCUAUGACAGCAAAGCACCUAAUGCAUCAAGUCUGCGAAUAGCAAGAAUGGCCAAAACAGCUGGGAGUGUGAUGGGUGGGGAUGAAGUCUUUCUGCUGUGUGAUAAAGUUCAAAAGGAUGAUAUUCAGGUACGCUUCUAUCAAGAAGAUGAGAGUGGCCAUGUUUGGGAGGCAUUUGGAAAAUUUGGGGCAGCUGAUGUUCACAGACAGUUUGCUAUUGUUUUCAAGACGCCAAAAUAUUUUGACAUUCACAUUACAAACCCUGUCUCAGUGUUUGUCCAGUUACGUAGACGUUCUGAUGGUGAAACCAGUCAGCCUAAACCAUUUAUAUAUUACCCACACACAAAGAACAAAGAACACAUUCAGAAGAAAAGGCAUAAAGCUUUAUGUAAUUGUACAGAUAACUUUGAGGAUACAACAGAAGGUCAAGGGGGAGUAUAUAGCGAUGGUCUGGGAAGGGAAAUGACAGUUUUAAAAAGACCCGGAUUUUUCAUAUCACCUUCAUACACGGAGAAAGAUGAAAAUACAGAAGGUAUAUUUCCUGUGGAUAACGAUAUAAUGACCUAUUUUCCUGCAUCUGAGCUGCCAGGUUAUGGGGAAAUUAAAAAACCAUUGGCUGUAUACAAUCACAUGAUAACAACACAGGAUACCCGGAACAAUGUAUAAGCUCUCUGUCAGGUUGAAGAACUUUCAUAGCAAUAAUGUUUAUGCUCAGAGUUAAACAGGAUCAAUGAAAUAUAUAGCAACACGAGAUGUUUCGUAAAUUAUUAAUAACAGGCAUUUCAUGGUUGUAUAGCAAAAUAAUAUAUAUCUAUACCUUUACAUAAAGUUAUGUGUAAUUAAAUGGGCAUGCUAUUUUGUGAGACAUCAUUGUAAGUUUCAAAAAGACUCUUAAAUAUGUAAGUUUGCUAUUAGAAAAAUAAAAGCUGGUCAUGUUUUUGGUCCAGCUAUGGCCUGACGCUAUGAAAUUUCCACUACAAGUUUGUGAUGUUGAAUACUUGUGUAUAUUUCUCCUGGAAUGACCUGGAAUUUUUCUGAUCAUGCUUUAGUGUCUUUAUCAUUGCUUACAAAUUUGAUUUCAAACUUCAAUAUUGUCUUGCAAGAUAUUUUAAAUAAGAGGUAAGAAAUAUUAAACUAGUACCUUGCACAUCAAAAUCUGAUUCUAAUCAGAGCUUAACUGUCUGAAUUUAAUUGAUUUCAAAUAAUUUUAAUGAUCAUAUGCUAACUUAGGCACAGUACACGGUACUUAGAUCUGUUGCAUGAAUACCUUUCUGAAAGCCAACUGUAAAAUGUAUACAGUCCUGUUAUGUUUUAACAGUCUAGAAAUUAAAGUAUUACUUUCUGAAAAUGACAAUUCUCCUGACCUUUGCAAACAUUGUUGGUGCAAUUUGGUCUUGUGGAUAACCUGUGUUAAUUAUCCUUUAACAUCGACGUUUCAGGAUACAUUCGCACAAUAAUUGCAGCAUCAACACGAUGUAUUCACUUAGCAAUGAUGACACAGUUUUGUGUAAAUACACUCUGAAUCUGGAGGCAGAACACAAACCAACACUGGAGUCAUCCACAGAAAUGUAAGAUAUAGAAACGUGGGACUUAAGAGCAGAAUUUGAUCAUUUGAGCCUGCACUGUCAUUCAAUAAUGUGAUGGCAUAUCUAGUCAUAAUCCCAAACCCACUUUCCUGUCUGCCUUUUCCCCCCACCCCUUUGAACCCCAUUUUCUAUCAAAAAAUGAUCUAACUCUGCAUUCCAUAAAUUCAAUGACGAAGCCUUCACUACUUUCUAGGGAAGAGAAUUCCACAAACACUCUGGGAGGAAAAGAUUCUACUCAUCUCUUAUUCUUAAACUGACCUCGAUUUCUAGACUCCUGCAAAAGAAGAGUACUCCCACUAAACUCCCCUCGUGGUCAUUUAUGUUUCAAUAAAGUCACCUCUCAUUCUUCUGAGGUCCCAUGGAAAUGGCUGAAUCUAUCCAAUAUUGCCUCAUGAGAUAACCCUUCAUCCCAGGAAUUAGUCAACUAAACUUUCUUUGAAUGAUUUCUAACACAAACAUGUGCUUUUUCAGUACAAUGCCCCAAUUUUUAUGUUCCAUUAUCCUUGCAAUAAAAGGCAACAUUCCAUUUGUCCUCCUAAUAACUAAAUGUACAAAUGUAUUAACUUUUUGGAUUCAUGUACCCAUGUAUACCCAGAUUGCUCUGUAUCCAUCUAUACCCAGAUUACAGAGUUCUGUAAUUGCUUUCCAUUUAAAUAGUAAAUUUGUUUUUUUUCUUCCAGCCAAAGUGAAUAAGUUCACAUUUUCCUACAUUAUACUCCAAUUUUUUUACCCACUCACUGAAACUAUCUGUCCCUUUGAAGACACUCCAUCUCUUCUUGACAAUCUACAGUCCUAACUAUCUUGGUAUCUUCGGGACAUUCAGCUACCAUUCUCCUAGCCCCUGCAUCCAUUUCAUUGAUAUAGAUUGUAAAUAAUUGAGACCCUGACAUAGAACUCUGUAGGACUCUACAGUGUGCUAAUCACCCAUUGUUGUUGAGAGAUAUUUCAGGCCUGGAUAUCCAUUUUACAAGAUUAUUAUCACUGCAAAGUCGAAAGAACUUUGCAUUUAAUGUUAACCAGCAGUAUAACCACGCCAUUAAAUAAGUUGAAAAAUGAUUUCAACUGUGAAGUGAUUCAGAUAAUGACACUUACUCUGCAUAUUUAAGUAAUACAAAUGCUUUGUUCCUUAUUGUUUCAAUUGCAAAUAAGUUAUAAUGGUUUCAUAGGGAGAAUGUCUGAUGUAAA